CCAGUCAAACAGUCGGGGGGGGCAGGGGGGUUCAGAUGAUACAGCUUGUUCACUUUGUCCAGUUCUCUCCCGGAGCCCUCAAAGCAACACAAUCUGACAAGAUGAGACUUCUAGUCGUCUCUUUUCUCGUCGCCGUCGCUGCAGUGUUGGCUGGAAGCGUCGUCAUAAAGACCCUGGUGUUCCAGACUGAGAGCAGUAACAGUUAUGUUGAGAUGCUUCCUAUGAAGCCCCUGGACCUGAGAGCCUUCACUCUGUGCAUGCGUGUGGCCACGGAGCUGAAAGGUGAGCGAGAGGUCAUCCUGUUCGCGUACCGGACACAACACUACGAUGAGCUGAACGUGUGGCGUGAGCUGGACGGCAGAUUGUCCUUCUACCUGAGUGGACCCGGUGUUUUAUUCGACGUCCCUCAGAUCGAGGCCCUGGAGACCCACCUCUGCUUCACCUGGAACUCCGGCUCCGGUGCCGCUUCCGUCUUCAUGGAUGGAAGGAAAAGCUUGACCAAGAUUUACAAGAAGGGUCACACCAUCCGCCCCGGGGGAAAGGUCAUCAUCGGACAAGAUCCGGACGCCUUCAUGGGCGAUUACGAUGCCGGGCAGAGUUUUGUUGGGGAGAUCUCUGACGUUAAUUUGUGGGACACUGUCCUGCCAGCCAGCACAAUCCAAGACAUUUAUACAGGGAGGAGAGCGGCAAGAGGAAAUGUUUUCGACUGGGAAACCAUCGACCUAAAAAUCAACGGGCAGGUAGAUGUUGUAACUCGAGAGCUGUAGAUUUAAUGCUGGAAUUGUGAGGCAUCUUUACACAUGAAUGACCUUUGUGAAGGUUUGCUGAUCAAAUGUAUGUCAGUGCCAUAAUUUUUCAGUCCAAUAAAAACACUUUGACAAUG